AUGCAACUCAUGUCAAUGAUCAAGGUGGCCACGCUGGCCAUGGCCACCAUCGCCGCCGCCCACCCGGGCGCCCACGAGCCUUCCUCCAUGUCCCACGCGGAGAAGCGCUCCUUCCUCCUCAACGCCAAACGCAGCCUCGGCCAAUGCGCUGACCGUCUCGAACGCCGCGGCCUCACCGCACGCAUUGAAGCACGACGCGCCGAGCAGUUCGACUUUUACCGCCGCCAAGUCCUCGAAACCCGCGACUAUAACCCCUCCGUCAACGAAUCGCACUACUCUUCCCUGCACGUCACGGAAAACACCUCGGCCGACGAACUCUUCGCCAAGGACCCCGUGUGCAUCCUCUCGCCCGAAGGCGAGAUCGGACCGUUCUGGGUGAAAGGCGAACUUGUUCGCUCGGAUAUCCAGGAUGGUGAGCCGGGAAUUCCGCUUAUUAUGGAUGGGCAAUUCAUUGAUAUCGAGACCUGUGAGCCAAUUGCCGAGCUGUACUGGGACGUCUGGAGCUGUAACUCUACUGGCGUAUACUCUGGUGUGCAGGAUAGCUCGAACGGGAACGGCGACGACGCGUCGAACUUGGACAACCUUGCGCUCCGCGGGAUCCAGAAGACAGAUACAGAGGGCGUCGCGCAGUUCAAGUCGGUUUUCCCUGGACAUUACGGUGGACGGACGACGCAUGUGCAUGUUGUCGCGCACAUUGGCGCUCAGACGCUUCCCAACAACACGAUUACUGGCGGCCACGUCGCGCACAUCGGGCAGUUGUUUUUCGACCAGGACCUGAUUACCGAGGUCGAGGCUACGUAUCCGUACAACACGAACGAGGUCGAGAUUACGCUUAAUGCGGAUGACCAUGUCGUGCAGGACGAGACGGAGGACUCGGCUUCGGACCCGUUCUUCGAGUAUGCGCUUCUUGGUGAUUCUCUGGAAGACGGCAUCUUUGCGUGGAUUACACUGGGUGUCAAUGUUUCGGCGAGCUAUGAUACCAGCUAUGCGGCGCUUUUGACUGCGGAUGGUGGUGUCGCGAACUCGGAGAGUAGUGGGCCAGGAGAUGCUGCUGGUGGUGAAGGAGGUGCCGGGGGUCCUCCUAGCUUCUAG